GAGAAUGGCCCGGACCAAGCAAACGGCGCGCAAAUCGACCGGAGGGAAAGCUCCCCGCAAACAACUGGCCACCAAAGCGGCGCGGAAAAGCGCUCCAGCCACGGGCGGAGUGAAGAAGCCCCAUCGCUACCGGCCCGGCACCGUGGCUCUGAGGGAGAUCCGGCGCUACCAGAAAUCCACCGAGCUGCUCAUCCGCAAACUGCCCUUCCAGCGCCUGGUGCGGGAGAUCGCUCAGGACUUCAAGACCGACCUGCGCUUCCAGAGCUCGGCCGUCAUGGCCCUGCAGGAGGCCAGUGAAGCUUACCUGGUGGGGCUCUUCGAGGACACCAACCUGUGCGCCAUCCACGCCAAGCGAGUCACCAUCAUGCCCAAGGACAUCCAGCUGGCCCGCCGCAUCCGUGGAGAGCGCGCCUGAACCCGGCCUCGGCACCAAGCACAACAAAAGGCUCUUUUCAGAGCCACUAACUCAGCAGUGGAAAGGGCUGUCAUUUCCUAUUCACUCAGCUUUUGUGUUAACUGCACGCCGUGUCCCUCUGACCUUCUCCUGUGGGUGUUUUGUGUAAUGUUCAAUAAGACAUCCCGGUUUAUUGCAGACUGGACCCGAUUAACACUGAGAGUGAGCAGUUCGCUGCCGUUGGGUUGACGGCAGCGCCAACACCAGAGGUAAACUCCCUCGCCGUCAGGGAUUCCUUGUCCUCAUUAGACCGCAGUUUCUGAGAGGCCUGUACAGAACCUGAUGGUGUAAAUACUCAGACCCACCGCGAGUGUAAACGGUGGUUCUACUUUUGGAAACUGAAUCACACGAAACAUUAAAACUGGCGAGUUACAAGCGGUACUGUAAAUGAAAUCUUGAUUGAGUCGAUGCAUAUUUUUGCAGACUAAAAAUUCUGCGCGUCGACACACAGAAAUGCAGGAGGAACUCAGCAGGCCAGGCAACGCCUGUUGAAACAAAAACGUGUCAAACAGGAACUUCUGCUUGUUUUUUUAAGUUUCAGGUCAUUCGGGAAACUGAGGUUCCGGCGCUUUUCUUUCCGCUCUCUGACUGGGUUAUUGUGCUAAGAGAAUGGGAAUUUAAUCUCCAGACCCUUAACGGCGCACUCCGUGACCAGAUAGCGCGCAGACCGAUUUCAAUCCCGUGUCGUAAUAAUUACCUGACAACCCCAUCCACCCGUUUUUAAUUUAAUCGAAAAUUGAAGAGUUAAAAUUUCAGGUCAAUGGCCUGCGGCCUGCUCUCUCCGUGAGUUGGUGGGCGGCUCUUAAAAGAGCCUUUGUUUUGGGUUUGGAAGAACGAA